GCCUACAUUACAGCAGGUGCACCACCCGAAAGAGCAGCGUUUGAUAUUCGCCUCUGGUGGUGUUGCGUCAACAACCUGCGGAGGGCUUGGAGGCGGCGCUGGUCCACGGUCGGCGACUCUCCGUCACAGACAGAAAUGCCAUAACAGCAUCAUCAAUAUCCCCACCCGAAGUUCGCAUGUUAUUCACCUGGACCCGCGUAACGACAAUGAUUUCAAGCCACAUUUGACCACAAACUGUCAAGGGAUUGCGCCAAGGCUGUUGCWGUAUAUUUGGUGGUGACAUCGUUUGUUGCUUUCUGGUGGGGAGCAGCAUCUGGAAUAUUGUAGGAUGCAAAGGGGUUUCCUAGGGGGCCUGUAAAUAUGAGCGUGACAUCAUGGUUCCUGGUCAGCAGCUCUGGCACCCGCCACCGCCUCCCACGGGAGAUGAUCUUUGUGGGCCGGGAGGACUGUGAACUCAUGCUGCAGUCUCGAAGUGUGGACAAGCAGCACGCCGUCAUCAACUACAACCCUGCUACAAAUGAGCACCUGGUCAAAGACCUGGGCAGCCUCAAUGGAACCUUUGUGAAUGACCUGAGGAUCCCAGACCAAACCUACAUCACCCUCAAACUGUCUGAUGUCAUUCGCUUCGGAUAUGAUUCCCAUGUGUACAUCCUAGAAAGGAGCCAACACAAAGUCCCAGAGGAGGCACUCAAGCAUGAGAAAUACACCAGCCAGCUGCAGAUGGGUCUGAAGGCCUCAGAGGGGAAGAUGGCUGAGCACCUGGAGUCCAAGCUAGAGAAGACAGAAAGGAAAUCUCUGUCUCAAGAGGCUCCAACCUCCCGACCCACCCCAUUGUAUGGCCAGCCCUCGUGGUGGGGGGAGGAGGAUGCGGCCAGCAAAGGACAGCACAGUGAGGGACACAGGCCAGAGGAGGGUCACCCAGGUCGGUCCCACGUUACUAGAGAGAUUCCAAAGGAAGGUUCAGGCUUAGAUCCAGAGGUGAAUGGCUCCCUGUUAGAGUACAGAGACAAUCAGGGCAAGUCCAUCUUCCCCUACCACCGGGAGCCUAGCUACUUUGAGAUCCCUACCAAGGAGUUCCAGCUGCAUCCCAAGUCCUUGGGGGCAGAGCUCCAUGAGAUCCCCACCAAGGACACAGACACGCCCUCUGCCCAAGCCCCUCCCACCCYCACCACACCCAGUCCCCCUGUGGUGCAGAGCCACGCCUCCUUCACCAUAGAGUUUGAUGACUGCACGCCAGGCAAGAUCAAGAUCAAGGACCACGUGACCAAGUUCUCCUCGCGCCAGAGGAAGCAGCAGCAGCAGGCGUCCGGGAAAACUCUGGCCACCACACCCACUGAGGUGAUGUCAGCUGAGUGCAAGGUGGUAGAUUGGUUGGUGCACAGUGAUGUCAGAAUGAUGAGGAGACGUCCCACGUGUGAGGAUGUUUACAGUGUCAAGAGUGACCAGGCCGUCAACAUCAAAAGCCUCAAAGGACACCACCAUGACGAUGGGACCCAGAGUGAUUCUGAGGACCUGGUCUUAGGGAAAGGGAAGCGAAGCAAGUCACACCACCGGGUCCAGUCGCAACAUUCGAUCCAGUCAAAGCUUUCCCUGUCUGAGCUGUCAGAACAGACAGUGCUGUCAUACCAAUUAGUCAAGUCACAACAGACAGUCCAGUCAAACCAAUUGAUCCAGUCCGAGCAGUCAGUUAUGUCAGUCCAGUCACACCAGACAGUCCUGUCAGUUCCGUUGCAGCAGUCAGUUUCGUCACAAAGGUUACUUCAGCCUCAGUUCUCCCCUCCCAAACUGACCCCAGUUUCUCCUGUGGCCCCUGAGAGGCCCCUGUCUCAAAGCCCGCCUGAGGCUCGCUCCCCCACCAUGGGUCCCUCUAAGCCCGGCCCCCAGGAGCCCCUCACCCAGCAAGCCUUCAUCAUAGAGUUCUUCGACGACAACCCGCGCAAGAAACGCUCGCAAUCCUUCACCGCCAAUCCUGCCCACGCAGACUCUUACUCCGCCCUCAAGGCCAAGCUGGAGCGGAGGAAGGGUGGGGAGAGGCCAAACUCCAUGCACGGCCACAUCCCUCCCACCCAGCAGGUGACUGUUCCUCUGAAGGGCCAGGGACACUGUGUGUCCCAGAGGUCUAGCUCCCUGAAGAGGGAGAAGACGGAGGAGCCCCUGAGUGGAGGCAGUGCCUCCUCUUCCUCCGGUUCUGGGCCUUCCUCUCGCACCUCCUCUGGCAUCACCAUCAAGCCGUUUGGCAGUGUGGGGAAGAAGACCAAGCUGGCCCAGGAGUUUGCAGCAGAGUUCCUGAUGAAAGAUACAGUCCACAGAGCCUUGUCUCCCACCAGGGAUAAGACGUCUCCUCCUCCCAUGUCCGCUCCCCCGGUGAUGGUGAUGUCACCCUCUCGCACCCGCAUUCCGUCCCCCUUAGACCCUCCUUCAGCCGUCUCCUAUCCCUCCACCCCCUUGCAACCCACUGCGCCACGUUCCUACUCUCCAACUCCUGCCCCUCAUUCCCCAGUCCUAGCCAUCUCCCACCCCCCCUCCCGCAGCCCUGUCCAGACUGCCUCCCCAGCCCACUCCUUGCCCCCUCCGAUGCCCCUGGAUCUGGGGGUGCGUGGGGUGGACCCUAAAGCCUCCAGGGUGGUGAGAAACGAGGAAGAGGACAGUCUGAGUGAUGCCGGCACAUACACUAUCGAAACAGAGUCCCAGGACAAAGAGGUGGAGGAGGCACGCAACAUGAUCGACCAGGUGUUUGGGGUCCUCGACUCACCAGAGUACAGUGGUGCCGGAGUGUAUAGACCCAUCAUUAAUGAUGGCAAGGACGAGCUGGCAAUGCUCCGGCCUAGUGACGAUAGCACUGUGGAUCAAAUGGCAGCAGUUUCUAUGCAUGGCUUUAACCCAGCCACCCUCAGUGGGGCCCCCUCAGGCCCCAUCCAGGUGCAGUCUGCUAACAAUGCAGCACAGGAGGAGGGGCCUAAGUGGGUUUCUCGCUGGGCCAGUCUGGCAGACAACUAUGCAGAACCGGGCUCUACUCCACCUCAAGGGGAAUUUGCAGAGGGAGAUGUGCAGUUGAUAUCUAGCCACAGCGUGGAUAACUCUGAGUUAGAGGGUAGCCAGAGUUGUAGGACCAGGAGGCUGCUUCCCCAGGUUCCACCUGGAGACAGAGACAAGCCAGAGAACCUCACCCCCAGCAUCCUGAUCUACCCAGGCCCCGAACCCACCCUGGAGAGGAGUAGUGGCACGCCCCGGCAUCAGGACAACACCCAGAGUCUUUGUGUCCAGGACGAUGUAGACCCAGACAGCCUGAGUGACGCCAGCCGCUCUGACGAUGGCUCUGUGCUGGAGAGGACCAGGAAGAGCCAGGGGAGGAAGAGUGGCGCUACCUCGCCCGGGGACACUGGACCUCAGUAUAAGGGUCAAGAUAAGCUGUCUCCGACUCAGUCUACCAAGUCCAYCUCCUUUUACAUUGGGUCUGAGGAUGGCAGCUCAGGCAAGCUGGACCUGGCCCGAAGCCCUAUUCUUUCUCAGGGGCCUGAGAGGGGGCGAGACACCCCUGCCAAAACCUCCCCCACCACCGUCCUCAUCAGGCACCUGAGCAGCCACGAGCCCCGGAGGGCGGGCGUAAAGCCUAACAACUCAGCCCCCAACCUCCACUCCCAGCAGGACAAAGACUCUAAAGACCCCAGUAAAGACAUCCUGGGGUCUUCCUCAUUCGUCAGGCAGGAGAGUUUCACCAAGGAGCGACCCAGUGAUGAUGUCCAGAUCAAGAGGCUCCCACACAUCUCCAGUCACCCCACCUUGAGGGACAUGGAGCAGAGAGAGACACCCCAGGACCCACAGCCCUUCCUCAGGGAAGAAGCAGACGUCGUUCUCUCCUCUCUGGAGGUCACGUUCCCUUCCUCAGGCUCCGGACGCAGCUCUAAGAGAGGAGGCUCCUCCAGUCACAUGGACGACUCUCUGUCUGGGGAAUCAGAUGUGGAUACAGCCAGCACCGUCAGCCUGGUCAGCAACAAGAACAUCCCUGUCACCACAGGCCCUAAGAAGAGGAUGACCGUCAGUGGCUUCCAGAAGGAGAGAUCUUCCUCCAGUCAAUCUGUCCAGGGKAAGGGCCACCGCCAGCCCACGGCCCGCGAGCGUCUGUCAGAGAAACGCCGCAGCCACGCGGCAGCCAGUGAUAACUCCAGCAGCAAGGCCGAGCAGGCCAAGCGCUUCCAGAUGCGGCGCAGCGUGGGGAACCGCGGCUCCCUGGACCUAUCAGAGGGCCAGCAGGGUUCUGGUCAGCACUGGCCUGACACUGCCUCUGACCAUGACACCGGUCCCCGCCCCACCAGCCAUAACAAGAAGCUCAUAGCGCCCCUACAGAAAGAGGACAAUGGGAAGACCGCCAAGAGUGCAGCACAGCAGGCACUGAUCCGCUCCAACAGCCUGUCAGCACCAAGGCCCACCCGGGCAUCCAUGCUGCGCAGGGCACGUCUGGGAGAGACUUCUGACAAUGAGGGAACUGAGACAGACCGGGGGUCCCAGAACUCAGACCACAUUGGUGCCUCCAGCAAGGUGUCUGCUGAUGGGAAGAAGCUCCUCUCCAGACUGGACAUCUUGGCCAUGCCCAGGAAGAGAACAGGCUCCUUCACUACGCCUAGUGACAACGAGUCCUCCACCACGACCCCUACAACCCGGCCUGGCUUCUCCAACCGGAGUGCAGAAUCAACUGGGCCUAUCAGGAAGACAUCAGUGGGUGAAACAGGGGCCAAGCAGGGGGCCACAAGAGGGGCCGGAGCCCCCGUGAAGCAGCUCCUCACCCACACACGUUCCAGCGGGGCUAAAUACUCCAGCACAACCAGUUCCCGUCGAAGGCAGAAAGGUUCAGACUACACCUCCACAUCUGAGGAGGAAUAUGAGGCCAGCUCUGGAACCCCCAAACACAAACGCUCCUCCCACACGUCUGCURCCACACAGACCCCCCGGACUCAGAAGGAGAAGGCUGCAGUAGCAGCAGUCGCUCGGUCCAAGUCCGGCUCACUGGAGACUGAGGAGGACGAAGUCCAGAAUGAGACUGACCACUACCAGAACUGGACCACACACAGCGCCGAGAUAGCAAAGCUCAGUCAGGACUUGGCCAAGGACCUUGCCAUUCUGGCCCGUGAGAUCCAUGAAGUGGCGGGGGACGGGGACUCCCAGAGUUCCUCUGGAAUGGGCACAAACCCCUCCCCCAGCUCUGCACCCAACACACCCGGGCCCGCCUCCACCAUCCCCAUCUCUAGCCGGGAAGAGAGGCCAUAUACAUCUUUGCGAGGGGUCCUCCCAUCUCAGCUGGUCCAACAUAUCCCUGAAGCCAGCUUAAACUACCAGAAGGUUCUACUAUCGCCAGGUUCUACCGCUGUCAUGGACCUGGAUCCUAACAUGAAUGACCAAGACCCAAGCUCUAAGCCACGGUGGAACCGUGAAGAGGUGAUUUUGGACAAUCUGAUGUUGAACCCUGUUUCUCAGCUCUCUCAGGCCAUUCGGGAGAACACAGAACAGCUGGCUGAGAAAAUGAAGGUUUUAUUCCACAAUAAGACUGAGGCCUGGGAGGAGAUUGAAGCGAAGAUCAAUGCUGAAAACGAAGUACCCAUCCUAAAAACAUCAAAUAAGGAAAUCUCCUCCAUCCUGAACGAGCUGAGAAGAGUACAGAAACAACUAGAAAUGAUCAACAGCAUUGUGGAACCCGGUGGAGCUGGCAUUGGGAAACCUAAGGUGGCAGUGGUGGCUGCUGCUACUUCUGCAGGACAGGCCACCAGGUCCCCCUUACGGCAGAAGAAAGCCCCAAGUAAGCCCACUGGGGACAGACAGCGUGGUGCCAGCCCCUCUACCAGCCCCACCACCUCCAAACACAACACCAACGAAAGCACCAAGAGGUCCACUCGAGGACACAAAGGGGCAAACGUUGUGGCCUGAUCAGUGAUCCCAGGGUUCUGUAGCAUCUCCUGAUGGUUAUAAUAUAAAACCAUCAUGACACAGUAUACUGUACAUGGGUUUUGACUGGUAAAGGUGUAACUGAGUACCGCUGUUUAGAAUUGCUUCUUCCACAUUGCACAAGUAAAAGUAAAAGUAGGCAAAGCUGGGUAAAAGAAGUGGUAACUUGUUGCUUGCUUUAAUAAGUCGAUUGUGGACCAAAUAAUGUCCAUAUGCCUUGUCUACUUGUCCUCUACUAUGUGCUAUGUGUGGUUGCCCAGUACUGUAGGUUUGGCCUAGUCUGGGUACCAGUCUUUUCAGCUAACAUGCCGCUCUUAGCCACUCCUGUGAUUUGGCAAAUGACAGGAGUGGCAAGGAGUGGAAUGUAAUAGCUGAACAGACAGCAACCAGGCUAGGUUUGGCAAGAUGACCAAGAUAAGACAGGCUACAUCCUUGUCCAUUCUUUGUUACCAUAGUGAUGAUAAUCAUAAUAAAAACACUACUAGGUGUCCAUGAGAACAUGUGCUGGACUGCUUCAAUAAUAUGGCAGAAUUAGAGCGGGUGUUAGUGGUGUUAUGUGCUUGUCUUGUAAAAUAUGAUUCAUUAAAUGUUCCUGAGCGACUGGGACAUUUUACUGCUUGGCAAAAAGCUACUGCUGAAUGAACGGACCACCACUCCUCCUUUUUUUCAAAUUGAUUGUCUGAUAGUGAAAAUUCUUAAGAUGUGUUCUAUAUGAAUGUUGUGUGUACAGAAUGUUAGGAUAGUGUAUCAGAAUGUUUGAGAUUCCAAAUAAAUACAGUAUACAAUAAACAGCAUCAGAGGGAGGGGAAAAACAUACUUGGCAAAACAUUUUCAUAUGCUGUCAUUUUGAAUGAAUGAAUUUGUUAAUUUAGGUCAAACAACUAUGAGGUAUUAUUUAAGUCCUCCAUUUUGUCAUUCUCUACCAAGCUUUGGAUGACACUGUAUCAAUGAUGAAGCUUUAUGGUUGUGAUUUCAUGUUAUUGGCAGUGGCACUAUAUUUCUGUCAGGGUAGUCGAUAGUAUGGUACUGAUGUAGCUUCUUCUGGUGUGUCUGAAGGAGAGAACGCUUGAGGAUUCAAGAGUGAAGCGAUUAAUUAACCUAGAUGCUUCAAAUGAGUAAAUUGCCCCAAAUUGACUGUAUCGUAGUGUGCUAGCUUUGUAAAAGGUAGAAUGGAGCAGUUCUUUAUUGUCCCCUGUAUGUGUGUCACAGGAGGUUGGUGGCACCUUAAUUGGGGAGGACGGGCUCGUGGUAAUGGCUGGAGCAGAAUCAGUGGAAUGGUAUUCCAUUUGCUCCACUCCGUUAUCAUCAGCCGUCCACCCCUCAGCAGCCUCCACUGGUGUGUGUGCACUAAGAGCACUUGUGAGUUCUGUAUCUGUUGUGUGCUGAGCCAAUGUCACAGUUUAUUCCCGCCGUCUGCCAAGGCAGCUGGGAUAGGUGGGAAUGUGUGAGAAGAAUGCUGUAUAGAUGUAAGUUAAAGAAUAAGAACUGACAAAAAAAAACAUUUUUUUUUUUUUUUUUGUGAAAGUGCAUGUGUACCAUAAUUAUAUAGUUUAGUUGGGUUCAGGCUAGUUCACCAAAUGUGCACUUUUUCAUUGAGAUACACCUCAUAACCCAUGGGUGGAACUGAAAACAAAGCAGUACCUUUAAUUAAGCAGUAAAUACAAUGACUUGUGGCUGAAAUUUUGAUUUCGCAAUGUUUUAACUUUCAAGGGCAGGCUGUUUUAGGGUAGUGCUUAUCAGUUUGAUUUCUGUCAAGUACUUAAGCCUACAACAGACCAUAUCUAUGCUAAAAGCAAAGCUUUUUUUUAACAAUCAUUAGUGCCAUGGUGUUCACUGACCUUGAAGCCAUUGAGAAUGUAUGGAUUUGUCAUCUACCCAGAGCAGACAUCUGACUAUCGUGCUGAUUGUCACUUCUGCUGCUAAGGGUGAUGUCAGCAUUGAGCUACUUGCUUCUAAAUAUACAUUUUGUUACAAUGCAUGCAACUCAAGUAUAAGCUGUAUUAAAAAAUUAAAAAAUUACUGCAAAGUGCAAACCAAACUUUAUGUGAAUAUUUGUCGGGUAUAUGUCAAAAGUUUUUUGUUUUUUUUCUAUGACUGAGGUUAUGGUCAGACUGAAGGCUACAAUGUUGUUUCUAAAUUAAACGGUUAUGUUCUUCCAGAUGUAUUUAAUUAUUUUUGUUGUACUGAAUAUAUUUAUAGAUGUCAUGGACCAGUUUGUUCAUCAUCAUGAACAUUGAUUUGUACCAUCAUAUAAUUUGUAAUAAACUGAUUUCAGUCAUAAA